AUGGCAUCGUCAUCUGACGGUGCAGCUUCAGCCCCAAAUGUGCAGGAAACAGGUGCUGAUGGCUCAUAUGAUAGAAUGGGUCGUAUAGAGCGCUUACCAUCGGCGCAAGAACAACUUCUGCGGACGCAACUGCAACAGCUUGGACUAGAAGCUGACGACGAUGCACCUCUUCUGAACAAAGAUAGGAAUGCUGACAUGGUAGCGCCUGUCCAUCCUUGGCCUUCGAGCAAUACAUGGGGACAUGAUGCACUGGACUCGUUUGGUGCGGCACUUGCAGCUUCAGCCCGUACUUGGCCGAGUUCUGCCCCGUCACCGCCACACCCAACACCCUUCUCUUUCCAUCAUCAAAGCAAUGACCUGGGUCAGAACCUCCGUUUUCCCUCAUCUCGUCCAAACUAUAUGUCUGCAUCAGAGGAGGUUGAGCAGCAGCGCCAGGCGAUACAGCAUCAGAUUGAACAAUUGCAACGGCAACAUGAACAGCUUCAAUUCCAUCAACAAAUGCUUCAGCCAGGUAUGUCUUUGUCGUCAGAUUUGCCACAAACCCGUCAUCCCGUAAGAAACAUGUCCAUGGAGAACAGAUAUCACCCUACCCCUAUGAGUGGCACAUGGGCCCCUAUUGGAAAUGAGUCAAUAUCCCUUCGUUCCAACUUCACGUUCCCUCCUCGCUCGCAGUCCGAAUCACCUAUGCCGCCACAGCAGUCCCAUGCCAUGAUACCUCCAUCUGCCUACAAUGACCGUACACCAUCCUCUUUGCAUACUGGGUAUACUCGACAGGCAUCGCAGCAGCUCACAUCUGACUUGUCCCCAAAAUUUUUAAUGGCUGGUGGCGGUCUCAUUAAUCUGAACACUUUGGAUCUUAGUGCAACAUGGAACGAAUAUGAUGAUAAACAUUCGAACUCUCCGCCUCAAGAACGUGCAGCACAGCGUCACGCACGCUCAAGCAGUGCUUCGAGUGCCGCUCUCCACUCACCAGCGAUGGACACUUUGCUUACUGGCCUUCCACAGGCCCAGGCACAGCUAGCCGCGCUUCGCCGGAGCCGACACCACAUUGGACCUAACAUGCAUAAUAGGUCAAUGUCACAUGGACGCUCAGCCAGCAUAGGCUCGAAUGCAUCAGGAGCUCCUCGCCGUGCAUUGUUUGGCAGUUACCUUCCCCAGAACAGCCUCCCUUUACUUCUACUUGCGGGUAAGCUUGUCGUUGGUGUUCUGCGUAUAAACAAACGCAACCGCAGUGAUGCAUGGGUCACGACUGAAGUAUUUGGUCAAGACAUUUUUAUUAGUGGUUCAAAAGACCGGAAUCGUGCACUGGAAGGUGACAUUGUUGCUGUCGAACUGCUAAACGCGAAAGAGGUCUGGCAGACCAAGCGCGACAAGGCCGACAAGAAGAAGCGCAAAGAAGAAUUUAGCCAAGGAGUGCCUGCCAGCGGUAUUUCGACGCAUCCUGCUGGACGUCGAACAGACAAAGCCCGCGAUGAUAUUGAAGUGGAAGGUGCCCAGCUCAAGCUGGUAGAAGACGAAGAGGAAAGCGAAACUGGUCCCCCUCCUUUGGCUGGCCAUGUGGUGGCCAUUGUUGAACGCAUGCCUGGUCAAAUUUUCCCAGGUACACUAGCACUUUUGCGCCCAAGCAGUGCUGCGACAAAAGAAAAACAACAAGCUGAGCGUGGAGAAUGUGAUAGUCCUCCCAUCGGUGCGGCUGGUUUAUCACGUCCCAAAAUUAUUUGGUUCCGUCCGUCCGACAAGCGCGUGCCACUAAUUGCUAUUCCAUCCGACCAAGCGCCUGAAGACUUUUGGGAUGAAAAGAAGCAAGAAAGUUUCGCUCAUUGCUUGUUUUUUGCCUGCAUUAAGCGUUGGCCGAUUACGUCGUUGCAUCCGUUCGGCUCACUUGUCGACCGUGUCGGCCCCAUUGGGUCAUUAGAUGCAGAAUCACAAGCACUGCUGCGUUCUUACUGUCAUGAUAUUGUUACACCAUUCUCUGAUAUGGCACUCCGGAAUGUGCCAACAAUUGAAUCAUGGAGCAUUCCUCAUAAUGAAUAUGAAGCACGCCGCUCUUUUUCUGCUUUUACUCUGAACGGUCGUGGGCCACGUCAGAUGGCAUUCUCGGUGGAUUUGCACGGCUCUAACUCCUUUACUAUCGGUGUACAUGUGGCAGACAUCACCUACUUUUUACAAGCCAACAGUGCUUUGGACCGCGAAGCGCGUCGCCGUGGUGCGUCCGUGCACCUUGUACAGGAGUCUUUCGAGAUGCUGCCACCUGAUCUUUUAAGAAUCGCGGCACUCCAUGUGAAUUCUGACGCACUGGCUAAGUCUGUGGUCUUCACAUUUCAAUCGGAUCGUGUCGUCGACAUUUGGAUUGGCCGUUCGAUUGUGCAUGUGAAGCAUAUGACAUCUCAUGCAGAGCUUGACCGCGUAUUACUGGGAGAAGCCACGUCGUUCCCGGUGGCGCCUGAUGCGCUUUGUGCUGUUUUGGACAAAGCUCAGCAAUUGCGGCUUGAGCGCUUGGCACGCGGUGGUCUGAGUCUUCCGCGCACAUGGCUCGAGUUUGACUUGGAUGCCAAGCAGCACCCUACGGAUGUCCAUUGCUGCACAGAUGCAGAAUCGCUUUCACAUUUGUUGGUGGAUGAGUUUUGUGUUCGAGCCAACACGGCCGUGGCGCACCGCUUAGCCGCCGCGCUCGAGGAUAAUGCGCUGCUGGAGCGACAAGAUGUUCCGACCGAAAGAGCUUGGAAUUUACUUGCAAGAGGUCUCCAAGCAUUGGGACUACCAGCCGAGUCCCUGUCAUCGAUGACGUUGGCAUCCGCACUGAACAUUUUGCCUGCCUCUUCUCGGUCAGUGGCUAAUGCUCUUACUCAGAGAGCCUUGUCUGACUCAAAACUCUAUACGCCGGCAUUGGUCGAUGCGACCAAGUUUAUGCACUACGCCAUCGGUGAGCCUGUGUAUACACAGUUCGUGUCUCCACUCCAGCGGUAUUCAGAUGUAUGUGUCCACCGCCAGCUCGAUAUGGUGCUGGAUGGCACGUUACACGCAGAGCAUCAAGGCACCGACACACUUUCCAAACUCGCGCAUCAAUGUACCGUGAAGAAUCGUGCUGUUCGUGCUGCUGAGAUGCAGAGUGCUCACUUGUACUUGUGUCAAUGGCUCAAAGACACGAGUGAGCUGAGACCAGGUGAAUUGGAAGCACGACGCGCUUUGGUCAUGUCAGUCAAUGCUUCAUCUAUGGAUAUACUUGUCCCGUCAUUCACUCUCGAAAAACGUGUGCAUCUUGAUUGUCUCCCCGUGGAAAAUAUCCAUUGGGACCCUGUGACCUACUCUGUCACGUUGACAUGGCUGAGCGGAGUCGAUUCUAUGGCUUGGCUUGGUGAGGCAAUCGAUGAUGCGCAAUGUACCAAGUUGUCCAGCACCCGAAAAGAGACACGAGACACGAAUGCUCCUUCUCCCAAAGCUAUCUCAUCACGGCAACAACGCAUUACGUCCAUGACAGAGCUGGAUGUGUACGUUCUGUCCGACAUGGAAAAGAGUCCACCGAUCAUCAAGGUGGUAGUAUUGAACCCAUGUGCUUAA